GGGGGAACCAGAUCAUGUGACUCCAACCAUCCUACCCUAUGUCACAGUGUGUAGGAGCGCUGAUUGCUCUUAUCCAAUCAUGCCUGGAAUGCUGCUUGCCACUUGGGCUAUUUCUGCUAUCUGUCGCUAUCAGUGCUGCAGUGCUAACAGUUUGGCAGAUGGGACACUUUUUCUUGGAGUUUGUCUUUGUUUUUUAACUUCUGGCAGUGCCUGAAUUGUUGCUGUUCUCCCUCUCUCCCUUUCUUCUCUUUGUUAAACCAUGGCCCAUCGGCUGCGGUUUCAUUUUGGCUCUGGCCGAAGCAACACGGCCCCUGAAUCUGAGAUCCUAGACCGAGAGAGAGAAGAUGACUUUUUCAUGGCAUUCCACACUUUGCCAAGAAGAAACAGUCCUCAUCCUUUCUCCCGACAUGGAGCGGAUUAUGGUGGCGGUGAUUUGCAAGAAGUGGGCUCCUUAAAAAGAAGCACAUCGAUGUUUAUUCCACAGCUGCUGAACAAUAUUGAGGUGCGUCCAACAAGGAGCUCAUCUAUGCAGAUUUCUCUUCAGCGCAAAGCUGUGAACGGCUGUGCUGAUGAGUGUGGAGCCCCAGAGUCUCCUGAGGAGACUCUUCCAUGUAAAUUCUCAGACUUCAGGGAGCAUUACACGUGCCCAGUUGACAGUCAUUCUUUUUCUCCAAGCAGUCCACAAGUAACCCCAGAGAAUUCUCCACCGAGGAUGCCUGAAGAGACUGGGCAACGGCUUAAUGGAGCUGUUUCCUGUAAUCACAGAAUAUUUUGUACAAUUCCUUCCAAUAACCAGAAUGAUGAUGUUGCAACGACUGCCGAAGAAGAUGAAGCAAGUGAAGCGGCUUCAGGGUUAAACAUAAGUGGUGUAAGAAUUCAGCAUCGCGCUUCAAGCGCAGAUAUGCAUCAGGUUAUGCUAUCGCCCUUUGGUUCCGAGGUUCAGGAUAACGCCCCUGCCUCUGAACCCAGACGCUGGUCUUUGCAGCAUCUGCCAGACACGUCAGCAAAUUCAGGGAAAAAGUUGUUUGUUUUCCAGUUGCAGCAAUCACAGGCAAGUGGUCCAGGUACAGGAAGUGACUAUAAUUUUGGUUUUACUGGCACAAAAGGGAAUAGAUUGGUCAGGUAUCCUCGCAUACGGCUGGAGAGGAGUACUUCCUACCCUGUCCAGCCGCGACCAGAACGAAUUAGCCUUGUAGAAGGCGGAGGGAAUUCAGAACUGCAUGGAAAUAGCAGAAAUGGGUCAGAAAUAUCUAGAAGCAAUUCGGUAGAGAGGAUUCCUCAAGGGCAGGGAUGCUUGUUUAAAAUCAGACCAGAUCAAAACACAAGGCAGCAACACUUCAGAAUUCUUGUAACCCGUGGUACUGAAGAACAAAAUCAAGUUCCUGAUGAAGACAUCCCUGAUACCUCUGGGCCUACAGUGACCAGUGCCACAACUAGAGACGACUUCCUGGGUCAAGUGGACGUGCCACUUAAUCAUCUACCAACAGAAGACCCAACCAUGGAACGGCCAUACACAUUUAAGGAUUUCCUUCUCAGACCAAGAAGCCACAAAUCUCGGGUAAAGGGUUUCUUAAGACUGAAAAUGGCCUAUAUGCCAAAAAAUGGAGGACAAGAGGAAGAAACUACUGAACAAAGGGAGGAAUCUGAGCGUGCAUGGGAGGUGGUUGACUCCAAUGACUCUGUAUCUCAUCAUCAAGAGGAGUUACCACCUCCUCCACUGCCUCCUGGAUGGGAAGAAAAAGUGGACAAUUUGGGACGUACUUACUAUGUCAACCAUAACAACAGGACAACUCAGUGGCACCGACCAAGUUUAAUUGACGUUGCAUCUGAUUCUGACAACAACAUCAGACAGAUAAACCAAGAGGCAGCCCAUAGACGGUUUCGUUCUCGGAGACACAUUAGUGAGGAUUUGGAGCCUGAGCCUUCGGAGAGUGGAGAUGCAUCUGAACCCUGGGAAACCAUUUCAGAGGAAGCGAGUCUAAGUGGAGAUUCCUUAAGCCUGUCACUGCCACCACCCCCGGCUUCUCCAGUCUCUCGGACCAGUCCUCAGGAGCUGUCUGAUGAAUUGAACAGAAGACUUCAGGUCACUCCUGAUUCCAAUGGGGAACAAUUUGGUUCUUUGAUUCAGAGAGAUCCUUCUUCAAGAUUGAGAUCUUGCAGUGUAACAGAUGCAGUUGCUGAACAGUCUCACUUAUCACUGCAGAGUGGUCCAUCUAGGAGAGCUCGUUCUUCAACUGUCACAGGUGGUGAAGAACCAACGCCAUCAGUGGCCUACGUACAUACUACACCAGGCUUACCUUCAGGCUGGGAAGAAAGAAAAGAUGCUAAGGGACGUACAUAUUAUGUCAAUCAUAACAAUCGAACCACAACUUGGACUCGGCCCAUUAUGCAGCUUGCAGAAGAUGGUGCAGUUGGGUCAGCAGCAAACAGUAACAACCAUCUAAGUGAGCCUCAGAUAAGGCGGCCUCGUAGCCUCAGCUCACCCACAGUAACUUUAUCUGCUCCACUUGAGUUUGCCAAGGACUCGCCUGUGCGCAGAGCUGUCAAGGACACCCUUUCCAAUCCACAGUCUCCACAGCCGUCACCCUAUAAUUCUCCUAAGCCCCAACACAAAGUGACACAGAGCUUCUUGCCACCUGGUUGGGAGAUGAGAAUAGCUCCAAAUGGCAGGCCCUUCUUCAUUGAUCAUAAUACUAAGACUACCACAUGGGAAGAUCCACGGCUGAAAUUUCCAGUGCAUUUGAGAUCAAAAGCUUCUUUGAACCCUAAUGAUUUGGGCCCUCUUCCUCCUGGUUGGGAGGAAAGAAUCCAUUUGGAUGGAAGAACAUUUUAUAUAGAUCAUAGAAGCCAGGUGUUGAUAUGUGGAGACAUUGAUACCAGAGACUUAGUGCCCUCAUACGAUAGUAAAAUUACUCAGUGGGAAGACCCCAGAUUGCAGAACCCUGCUAUUACUGGUCCUGCUGUUCCCUAUUCCAGAGAGUUCAAACAGAAAUACGAUUACUUCAGGAAGAAGUUAAAGAAACCAGCUGAUAUACCAAACAGAUUUGAGAUGAAACUACACAGAAACAAUAUUUUUGAGGAAUCCUAUAGAAGAAUCAUGUCUGUGAAGAGAUCUGAUGUACUAAAAGCCAGACUCUGGAUUGAAUUUGAGUCAGAAAAAGGACUUGACUAUGGAGGCGUGGCUAGAGAAUGGUUCUUCCUGUUGUCUAAGGAGAUGUUUAAUCCUUAUUAUGGUCUCUUUGAAUAUUCAGCAACGGACAACUAUACCCUUCAGAUUAAUCCCAAUUCAGGUCUUUGUAAUGAAGAUCAUCUGUCCUAUUUCACGUUUAUUGGACGAGUUGCUGGCCUGGCAGUGUUUCAUGGGAAGCUAUUAGAUGGCUUCUUCAUCAGGCCUUUUUAUAAGAUGAUGCUAGGGAAACAAAUAACGCUGAAAGACAUGGAGUCAGUGGAUAGUGAAUAUUAUAACUCUUUGAAAUGGAUCCUGGAAAAUGACCCUACGGAGCUGGAUCUCAUGUUUUGCAUAGAUGAGGAAAACUUUGGACAGACGUAUCAAGUCGAUUUGAAGCCAAAUGGGUCAGAAAUCAUGGUAACAAAUGAAAACAAAAGGGAAUAUAUUGACUUAGUCAUCCAGUGGAGGUUUGUAAACAGAGUUCAGAAACAAAUGAACGCUUUCUUGGAGGGAUUCACAGAACUCCUUCCUAUAGACUUGAUUAAAAUUUUUGAUGAAAAUGAGUUGGAGUUAUUAAUGUGUGGCCUUGGCGAUGUUGAUGUUAACGACUGGAGACAACACACAAUCUACAAGAAUGGUUACUGCCCAAAUCAUCCUGUCAUCCAGUGGUACUGGAAGGCUGUCUUACUGAUGGACGCUGAAAAGCGUAUCCGGUUGUUGCAGUUUGUUACUGGGACAUCACGAGUGCCUAUGAAUGGAUUUGCUGAACUUUAUGGUUCAAAUGGUCCUCAGCUGUUUACAAUAGAGCAAUGGGGAAGUCCUGAAAAAUUGCCCAGAGCUCACACAUGCUUUAAUCGCCUUGACUUACCUCCUUAUGAAUCUUUUGAAGAUUUACGAGAGAAGCUUCUUAUGGCAGUUGAAAAUGCUCAAGGAUUUGAAGGAGUGGAUUAAAACAGCUACUUUUUUUUCCCAUCGAGCAAGUUCUGCUUGAACUGUUGAAUUUGCCUAAUGGACAUUAACAAGUGACAAUGGCAGAACAGUUGCACAAUGUUGGUUCAUGGAGCAAACUCUUCUACAGUGCAGUUGCCUAAAUUCAGAAAUUUGAACUACAACCUGUGGAUAACAUUUCUGAUAUUUCCACAGUAAAUCACCAACUGGUUGACAUGUACUCUAAUUACAUUUCAGCAGGACUUGUUCUAUUUAUGUUGUGCCUCUGUAGGCAAAGCCCUUAAUAAAUAUUUUACAUACUUUCUAAUGACAAUGAAUGGAAUUAAUCACUUUACAGGUAUAGUAUUACAACUCAUGUUUACUUUUUAAAUGAUUUAGACAUUUUCAGAUUUUAUUUCAUCACAAUUAAAAAUGUCAUCUACUUGGAAAAAUGAGCAUUUUUUCUUAUCUUAAUUUCAUACCAGACUUGAUGCCAGUGGCAUUUUUACUUUCAACAUGCAUUUUGAGCCUUGUCCCCCCAACCUAUUAGAAAAGCUGGAGUAACUGAUGUGAGAAAUUUUCUGCAGAUGGAAUAUAUUAAUGGCAAAUCUAAAAGCUUUUCAUUGAGCACAUUAAUAUUUUCUGUACCCAGAAGAAAAAGUACAGAUUGGAUGUUACAUUUUUGUAUAAAUCAAUAGAAUAGUUACAAGCUGAGAGAGGAUCAUAACAUAGCAUGCCAAAUCUCACGGUCAAUAAAGAAAUCACCUCAUUAUUUCUUGGUAAUAUUUAUGUGUACUAUAAAACAUUUUGGGAUAGGGUCGGCAUUAUCAUUAUAGGGAAAAAUGCUUAACCCUGUCAUUAACUUCGUACAGUGAUUCUUUUACUAUCCUUUCUUCUUUACUAUUUGCAAUGGAGGCAACCUGCCACUGCUUGAUUUGGAACUGUGGAAACCAGAUCUGUUUUGUUUCCUGUUUGUAUGCAUUUGCUAAUGAUACCUAAAGAACAAGGUUGGGUUUUUUUGUUUGUUUCCAACUGCACCAACUCUAAAGGCACUUUAUGUAACACAUGGAGGUCAUAUCUGUUUUUUAUCAUAAACAUUAAUGUGAUUAUAUUCCUUCUCACUGCACAUGUCUUUCGGGUGCAAUAUCUAUCAAUUGUGAAUUUGGCUGCUGCUGCUGCUGUAUAAAAACCAGAUGUAGAGCUGGGCCUGCAGACAUGUUCUCACCAAUUGUUUUUGUGAUUUUUUUUAUUCAAUCACAAAGAUUUAUUUAAUAUAUACAGUUAUCUAAUCAAUUUUGUUACCUAUGACAUGUUGCAUGCUUAAACUAUAAUGCCUGAGUUGUAUCUGUUGUGUGAUAGAUUAAAGGCAAAAGAGAAGACUUGCAUUUGAUCCACUGAAGUUAAAUGGUUAACAUAGUAGUAGGGUAGGUUUGAGGGUAUGCAUUCAACAAUUUGAUUAUGUUCGGCUUUGUGAGUUUUUGUCCAUCUACGUAACACACUUUGUUGUUUUUUCUAAGAACCCGACUAAUACUUAUUCACAAGCAAGAUGACAGAGUGCAAGAAUAUCUGAAACAAUUUCACCCCUUAUUGCCAAGAACUGAGCUUUUUUUUAUUUUAUUUUCUUUUAUUUGGCACAUGCAAUCCGCUACCAGCAAUGCAUUCGGCAGCAGUUGCAGGCAGGGAGUGUAAUAAGUAUUAACUAGCCAUGAGAGCUAAUUUAGCAAAACUCAUCAAAGCUAAUAACAUUCAGCAAAUGCUAAUUUGUCAAACUUUGCCUGGCUUGGGAUGCAGCCUCAGUUUGCUCACAAAAGUUUGAAGAGUCAAUAGGUGCAUGAAGAAGUUUUGAACCUUCUCAUUUGAAUGUAGAUUAAGGUUAAUUCCCUUUCUAUAUUAAUUUUAUUUUCAGACAUUCCUUUUUUUCCAUCUGGUGAGCUGAAAAUCUAGACAUGAGAAUGAAGUGGGCUAGAUCUGAAUAGAUGUAAAACACUAUAUUGAUAGCCUCUUACGCUUUUAGAGAGUGGGAUCUGAUCUUUCUAAUGUGUAUCUACAUGCCAAACUUCUGUAGCUAGAACAUGGAAUUGCCUUUAAAAAUCUGUCAUACUCCACAGUCAGUUUUUUUUUUUUAAAAACAAUGUCUUAACUGGAAGAAUUUUUGUAUGUUUGGAGGCAACAUUUUGCUUCAGUGCCAUGUAACAGAACCUUAUUCCAAGGACUACUAUGAAGUUUGUGCUAUAGACUUGAAAUAUAAACUAACGCUUGUGUAAUAAGGGAAAGUGUAGUUUAGCAGUUAGGCUGGGGGAAUUGGGAGUCAGGACUUGGGUUAAAUUCCCAACUCUGCCAUCACUCUCAUUGUGACUCCUUGGUUGAGUCAUUUAAAUUCUGUGCCUGUUUCCCCAUCUGCAAAAUGGGCUUCAGAUCUGUGUGUAAAGAUGAAAGGCUCUGUAUAACUGCACAAAAUGAAACAAUGGAGCAUAACUUUUUAAGACCAGGCUUUUAGAAAAUUAGGCUAACGUCUUUUCAGAUCCACUUACACAUAAACUAAGAAUAGAAACUCCAAAAGACUUCAGUAUACAUUACUGUAUUGAGGUAAAUUCCUGCCAAGGAGAAAAUUUGUAUUUUUAAUCACUGAAAGUACUCAGAGUUGGAAAAUAAGUACAAGAAAUGUUUCUCAAAAAAUAUCCCCCAGCCCCUUAGCAUCCAGAGAACUUAACACUUACUGUAGAAGUGAGUCUGUCCCUUUUUGUCAGGGUCUCUAAGAGAUCCAAAGUUGGUAUUCCAAAUCCCGGCUAUUGCCAAGGUAAAUUUAUAAUGUGAAAAGUUAAUUGUUCGUCUAACCCCUUUAUUGCACCAAGUCUUACGUGUUGCAUAUUAGAAGUUCUUUUUCGUUCGUUCACAGGCAGUUCCUGAGCAGCACAAUCCUUGGCCUUGUCUACACUUGGAUUUUAGCCACCAGUGAAGUUGUUUUGAUGUAGCUGCCCUGCUGCAAACCUCUAGUGUAAAUGCACUGCACCAGUGCAAAGCAGAUGUUGCACUAAGGUAGCUUACCUUAGUGGCUAAAAACCCUACUGUAGAAAUCCCCUUGUGUCAGCCAAAAGGCUGUUACCACCUGUGGAAUCUGUUCUUUAAGCCCAGAGAAUUGUCUUCAGUUUUGCGAAUGACUUGUGUGAGGUCCAGGUACAUAGUGUGUGCUUCAGCAAAACAGCACCUAUAAGGGAGUUUGAUUCUAUUCUAGAGAUUACUUUGUAACUAAGAACUGUAUAUGUUGAAGCUGUUUUUGCACUGACUAUUAGGAUAUAAAGUAGAUUUCUUGGAGUUUCUGUUCUAAUGCACUGAACCUCUUAGAAGUUCUUCCGGAAUUCCUGAUACUGUAUUUGAAGGACUCUUUCUAGGGAAAGGUGGCUAAAUGUCUCUCUUAUUUAUUAAACCUUAAUUAAUGAGGAAAUUGCUCCAUUUGGACUUGUGCUCUAACUUGGUGCCUUUCUUUAAUAUUCAAAUACUGAAUCAUAAAACAGAUACUUUUGUAGAAUUUGUAUUUUUAAAAAGAUUCUAAAUGGCCAAAUUAUUGUGAUUUCUUGCUCACAUCAAGUCUUUUAUAUCUCUGGCUCUCUUGUGAGGCAGGUCAGUUACAUAUCAUAAUUCCAGCGUUUAUUCCUAGUUGAUGGAAACUCAUUAUGACUGGACCUAAUUUCUUCCUGAAAAUUUAUCUUCCUUUUGUCUUGCCACUGAAGUUAACCAAAAAAAAAGCGAAUUUGUUAUUUCACUCAAUUUUAUUUUUAAAUCUCUCAUCCUAGAGAAGACAUCCCUAUCUCUGAAUUUCUCAUGCAGGGAGGGCAAACUGCGUGCUCUCUUGUAAUAUUUUCUGACAAACCAGCAGAGGAUGCUGCUCUACAGACUAAUCAAGUAUCUCAUUUCCUCCCUCCCCCCACCCAAAAUCUCCACUACCCCCAAAAGACAUCCACUACCUCUGUUAUGUGAUUAGCCUUUACUGACUGGGGAUCGAGACUGCAGAGUUCGGUAUCAUACUUGCAAAUCUCACUUCUGAGAUAUUUAAUCUGUUCUUAUACUUUUGAGUGAAACCCUGGCCUUGAUGAGGUCAAUAGGAAAACUCCUACUGACUUCAGUGGGGCCUGGAUUUUACCCUUUGUGUUCUGGAAUUUAUAACCGGGAGGAAUAAGUGACACGUUUGGACCACUUUCUCAAAUAUAUAUAAAUAAGUACAGUAUACCCAACUAUAUACAAAAUUGAAUUUUUAAUAGGUAAGAUGAAAAAGAAAAAAACCCUUAUAAUUACUAGAGUGGACAUUUUACAAGCAUGACGGUGUUUUUAAUAGCAAAAGUCUUUUCUUUUGCUUGUAUGGAAUUUUGGAAAAAAACUCUCUUCCGACAUCUGUUAGACGUUGCACUAAAAAGCGAUACAUGUUUGAAAUGCAUGGGAAAAUUGUUUUGCUAAAACUGGAAUCUAACCCAUAUUAAUGUUACAUAUCCCUCAGGUCUGUCAUACUGCACACAUAACAUUACAUUCAUAUCACGUGACCACCCCCACAAACCAUAUUUAAUCACAUGCCUCUAUAUUUCUAAGCCAUCUGGAUUUUCUUACGUUGCUCUUUCAUUUGUCAUGUUUUCCUCUUUCAGUUAACGUCCAUGUAGCUUUUGUUCUUUUUUACCACUAUAUAUAUAUACAUAUAUAAACACAGUGUGUACUCACAUACAGUAGUACAUAUAUGUAAUGCAUUUUUAUACUUCUUUAAUCAAUUCUGUGUUCAGGAUUGGCUCCUAAAGAGGACUGUGAGCAGUUUGUCUCCAAUGCAGCUUUAGCAGAGCCAUGCCAUAGUGAAUACGUUAUGAUUCUCAGAACCCAAAUAAAACCACUAGAAGGUGAUUUUGCUAUGCUCUGUGUUUGUGAACUUAUGACCUUUAUUCAAAUUUAAACCUGAAAUGACUACUUCCAAAGGUGAAAAAUAGUUUCAAACAUUCCAGAUGAAAUUCACGAUCUUUCGUAACUUUUUAUUGUAAAACGCCUCAGAAUGUGAGGCUAUUUAAAAUUAUACUAAAACUACAUUAAAAUUGAUUUAAAAAAAACAAACUGAAAACUACUACUUAUAAAUAAUGCUCAUUUUCACAAUCAAAAUAGCUUUAAAGUAUGGUUGGAUUUGAUACACAGUGGAAAAUGUUUUUUGUUUUUGUUUAAGGACAAAAUCAUUUUUUCCAUUUAUUUUCUUAAGAGAAGUGAAGGAAAUUGUAGUUUGUUUUCCUGACAGCAAAAGAUCAAUGUGACAAAAUGAAGUUGUUGUAAUGAAAUGAUGCAACUUGUUAAAUAUUUAAUAAAGAAUUAUGGAAGCUGGAA